GUGUGCCACACUGAUAUUUCCAAAGAAGAAGUAGUUAGUAAAGCGCGGCCUUUAGCGAUCGUACCAGAUGUAAAGUUGUUAUCACAACUAAAACGAUCUUAUUAUAUAUACGUUGCCAAUUGGAUGUUUGUUUGACGAAGACCCAUUCAUGUGUUGAUACCUUUGGAUAUUCACAGGAAAUCAUGUCUGGCAUCUGUCAAGACAGAAGGAGUCGUUGGCAGGAGAUUCAAAAAGGCUUACAGUUCAUUCAAUCAACACUGCCAUAUCCUGGGACACAAGAACAGUAUGAGGUGUUUAUUAAGGACCUAGUCUUGAACCUUUUUGGCGAAGGAAACGAUGUAUUUAAAGAAGGAGAAUGGACAAAGUCCAUUGAAAUGUACACUGAGGCCUUGAGUAUAGCGGAAUACGCAGACUCUGAAGAAAUCGCUGUUCCAAUGGGAUUAUUGGAAAACCUGUAUGUAAACCGUGCAGCAUCCUACUUGAAUAUAGUGCCGGGGCUGUACGACCAGGGGUUGAAAGACUGUGAGAAAGCGCUGGAGUUGAACGAGGGCAACUACAAGGCACAUUACAGGAAAGCCAAGUCCCUGCGCGAGAUGGGCAGACACGCGGAGGCCUAUGAGGCCGUGGCCAAGUGCUCUCUUGUCGUUCCUCAGGAUCCCAGUGUCAUACAUUUGACUCAGGAGCUUGCCAAAGCACUUGGCCUGAAAAUACGAAAAGCUUACAUAAGGAGUAAGCCUGCCUUGAAUGUCGCUACGGGAGCCAGCUAUUCAGAAGCGUCAUGUGACAAUUAUACCCAUGGCCCCUCAUCAGUGGAAGAUAUAGAUACAGAAGUGCCUCGUUAUGGCGUCAAUCACGUCCCCAUGCCUGUACAUCUUCCCCUGACGGUGGCCCCGCCCCUCAACGAUCACCUGCUGGACGACGCCCACUCCAGCAGCAGCAGCUCCCCGCUGCCUAUCGCCGAGCCCCCGCCGGCCCCCGGCUUCCACCACCUGCUCCCCGCCCCUCUCCCGGUCCACCCCUGCCCCUCGCCGGCCCCGCUGACCGCCGGCCCCGCGCUGGUCAACGGCUCGGGCGCCUGCCACCACUCCCACCCUCUGCUGGACGACGACCCGGACUGCGACGCGGAGCUCAUCGGAGACGACCUGGACGACCUGCUGGACCAGGCGCGGCCCGCCGACUGCCCCAUGGGCAUGUCCGCAGAACAGGGGCAGCAGCUCCUCAUGUCCAACAGUGUGGCCUCAGGCAGCCCCAGGCAGAGUCCCUUCUUCAUGCCGUCCCACAUCGGCGUGUUCCCCUACGCGCCUGCGCAGCACUGCACCGUCAACCUGCCGCCACUGUACCACAAGCCAGGCUCCAGCAUGUACCUGGGCAUGGAGUCCCUGGACUCCCUUUCCCCGCUGGACUCACUCGACUCCCUCUCCACCCUCUCCAUAUCAGACUAUCGCACAGACUUCCCUCAACCAUCAUACCUGCCCCAGCUACAAAACCAUUCACAGGCCCAUUCACAGAUGAAUAACCAUGGCAACCCCACGGGAAUGGCCCUCGGAAUGCCCGACAACAAUGUUUGCUUCACCGCUCCGGUGGAUCUGACCAAGAACCCUUUGGCAGACACUCACGAUUUCAAGCAAGCCUGCUCGACCUGUUUCAUCAAAACUGGACCCGGCGUGCUGGAUUAUACCCUCGGCACCGAGGAGCACAAGUGCAAGAAGGAUGCCCUGCUGGGCAGAAUCAAACAUCCCAAAGACAAGACGUGGAAGCUUAUACGACCCAGGCCCACCAAAAACCAGUACAUCGGGCCCUAUUACAUUUGCAAAGAGGUGGCCAUCGGGGAGGAGUGUCUGUACCCGGGCCACUGCACGUUUGCCUACUGCCAGGAGGAGAUCGACGUGUGGUCCAUGGAGAGGAAGGGCUUCAUCUCCAGGGAGCUGCUGUUCGACCCGCUGGGCCCCAGCUGCAACGUCAAGCUGACGGUCCCCAAGAUCCUCCAGGAGCACCGGGGAGUCUUCAUGUUCCUCUGCGGGGUGUGUUUUGAUCACAAACCCAGAAUAAUCAGCAAGGCCAGCCAGGACAGCCCUUCUCGUUGCUCUCAUCCGGUGACAAAGCAUGACUUUGAGGAGAACAAGUGCCUGGUGCACAUUUUGAAGGAGAACACGUUGCGCUACUCCAAAGUGCGCCCCCUGUACCCCCAGUGCCAGCUCGACCUUUGUCGCCACGAGGUGCGCUACGGCUGUGUCCGGGAGGACGAGUGCCUCUUCGCCCAUAGCCUGGUGGAGCUCAAAGUGUGGAUGAUGCAGCAUGAGAUGGGAAUCACUUCUGAAAAUAUUGUCCAUGAAGCAAGGAAGUUUUGGAGCACGAUCACAACAGCACAAGGUGGCCAGCCCCCCAUUGUCCAGAGGAAGUUCGGCCCGCCCAACCUGAAGAUGCUCUUUGUCUGUGGCCAGUGCUGGAGAAACGGGCAGCUGAACGAGGCAGACAAGAACAAGAAGUACUGCUCCGCUAAGGCCAGACACACAUGGUCCAAAGACAGGAGAGUGGUGCUGGUGAGCUCCAACGAACGGAAGAAGUGGACCACGGUGCGAGCGCUUCCGACUAAGAAGCCGAUUCCAUCUCAGUUUGAGAUUUGCAUGCACGUGACUGCCGGCAAGAAGUGCCAGUACAUCGGGAACUGCUCUUUCGCUCACGGCACCGAGGAGCGGGACCUGUGGACCUACAUGAAGGAGAACAACAUCCAGGAUAUGGAUCAGCUUUAUGAGCUGUGGCUGCUGUCCCAGAAGCCCGGCUGGAGUGAGGAGAACUCGAACGGCGUGGUCCGGGAGAACGGCAAGCAGAUCGUCAUGCCCACCGACUUUGCAGAAGAAGUGUCUGGAAAUCACUGUUGGCUCUGUGGGAAGAACUGCAACAGUGACAAGCAAUGGCAGCAGCACAUCACGUCGGAAAAACACAAAGACAAAGUUUUUAACUCUGAGGACGACCAGAACUGCUGGCAGUACCGAUUUCCCACGGGCACUUUCAAAGUUUGUGAAAGGUAUCUCAAAGGCACGUGCACAGAGCAGGAGCAUUGUCAACUGGCCCACAGCAACCUGGAACUCAAGGAGUGGAUAGAACGCAGGGAAUUUCUUUUGAUGAAACUCGCCAAAGCUAGGAAAGACCAUCUUAUAGCGCCCAUGGACAAUGACUUUGGUAAAUACAGUUUUCUGCUCAAGGACAUUCAAUAAUAACGAUAACAGGAUGGCGAGUUUCGUUUUUACCUGCAAGGUUUGCCACAGUAUUUUAUGACACUGACGAGUGCUUAAUCGGUUGAACCCUCUAUGGGACGAGAGGAGACCUCAACCUGGCAGAAUAAUUAAUGGAGCGCAUGCAGAACCAGCGGCAGAACUGGUUUCUGGGUCACUCCACUCAGAUACAAAAAGGUGUACCUUUCAUCAUGUUGCAUCAAUCAUCAAGUGUUUUAAUUGAGUGACUCAAAAAUCCUUGAAAACUUGCUAUGCACCGUUCAGCAGUAUAAAAAUAGAAUUGAAAAAUGGCAUGGUACUCGGAUACUUGCAGUUGACUACAUUUGUGUUCUUUGUUAACAGUUGGUAAAUCGUUUUGGAUUAUUUUUUUCCCUUUUAAAGGAUGCGCAAGCAUGGGAUAUUAGUUAUUCAAUCUGUCAUUUUAAGUUUUUCCCAAGUAUUUAAUGUUAAAAGUGCACAAAGACCAAAUAAAUGGCAUUUUAUACUCAAGAUGGUUGCUGCAUAAACCUUUACUCCCAGGCCAGAAAAUAAAGUCUAAUCUAUUCAAUCCAUGAACUUCAUAAUCGUGAGCGCUAGCUUUUAAAUUAAUUUUAAAAUGUUGAUUUGAUUGCACACACAAAUUAUACUGAUGCAUGGUGUAUUGUAAACCUAAGUAAAAAUGAAAUUUUAUUAAACAAAUACAUGCUGUUCAUAAGCUAUUUGGAAAUGAAUUAACUCAGCAGGUAACAAAUGAAAGAACAGGGUAACGUGCAACUUUUUCUUAACCCUUAACAUAAACUUGUGUAAAGUCUUGGUCCAUGCCACAUGGUCUAGUUUUAAAGGCUUACUGCAUAAAGCUAUGCUGAGUUUCCCCUGCUCAGGCAUUACUACUGUUAUAUCUGUUCAGGAAUCCAACCAUCAGUUUCAAGGGCUUAAAGGCUGCACAAAAAAGGUGUCCGUUUCAGUCCAAAAACCACAGCAACUACGUAGAAAGCUGCUGCAAAUCUUCCACCUCCAACUUCCACAUCUUCCGGUGGAUGGCGGCAUCUUUCGUGAGGUCUGCCAUCUUCACUGCCCGGAUUACUGGUUCUGGCGAGGUGGCUUGGAGAACCCCCAUCACCAUCACAUAUUUACCUGGAAAGCAUGAGCAGGGUGAUGGACGACAGCCAAAAUCAAUCAGGUCUAAAUAAAGAAAGUAUGCGUGACCUGUGUGCAUGCGAAUUAAUAGAAGGAUGGGCACGGUUACAGGUAGGCUAUUAACAGCCCAUUAGUGAACAACCCCUGUGGAUGGUGUUGCACUGGUAAGGCUCUACUGUGUGAUGUCCUAAGUGGCCUUAUUUCAUAACUUAUCAUUUACACCAGCUGAAUAACCUUUUGUAUGCACGUCAGGGCUAGUACACAUUGCCC